AAUAUCAUGCUUUUCCAAAAUGUAUACACGUAGCAAUUCUCGUACAAUCAUAAGUAUUAUCGAUAUAUCAAUACUGCUUAUCUGCUCGCAAGAUUCCAACUACAUCCGAGUCAUUCAAUUCGCAACUCUAAAACACUUAUGCCACGUCAAACAAUUAUUUGAUCACUAAAUCUCACUGAUUUCCAGAAUAGUUGUGACUUGUGUAGACUCAAAUCGCAAAAUCACUAAAGUAACCCAAUUAAUUCCCCACAACCACACCCUUUAUACACACACUCCCCUGUUUUUAACCACACAAUAGGCCAUUGCUAUAGCAGCAACCCCUGGCUGUGUUGCCAUUAAAUCCACCAACACUGCUCCCAAAUGCGGCGCCACCAACAGAUCCACAUACAUACAACCCCUGACAACCACCACCUCAUCCACCCUUGUUGCAUCUCCGUCGACUGUAUAAGCCAACUCGCCACUACUCGCAGCCAAAUAACUUCUGUGACUUUGAUUAAUUACUCUCCCUGUACUAUAAUUGCACUUCCAUCGAAUCAGCCUUCCAUCACACCCACCUUAUUGCUCUGAUCACUACCAACAGCCGUCAAUGCAGAAAAAUUAACAGCCGUCGGCCAUAGGAAUAUACACACCCGUUGUUUACAUCAUCCAUCAACAACCAACCUUCUUUCCUCCUUUUUUCACUUAAAUCCAUUUCCCUUUCAUCUCUGGUCAGGCCUGUAUCAUUCCGGCGACUCAGCUCCUCCGCGCCACCACGCAACCCAGUCAAGACGUGGCGACGAUGGCCCCAACUCCGGCCUCAUCCUGUUUCACUACCACCGCUAGUUGCUUUCGCAGCCAGCCUCCGGUGACAGCUCCACCGCACCACAACCAUCGAUAUACAUAUACACAGCCACCAUCGUCCUUCCUCUCUCUCUCUCUCUCUCACUGUUCAGUUUCCUCUCGCUGCCCAGACUAGUUCUCUUCUCCGGCGACUGGCGCCGCUGACCCACCAUAGAACUACCCAACAAAUCAAUCACCGCCGCCUCUCUUCUCAGCCUCAUCUCUGACCUCCAUCUCCGUUUGAACCACCACCGCCAACGACACUUAACCACCAGUACCAAUCAACACCAAAAACACAGGUAUAUAAUACAUACACACAUAAACUGAUAUGUAUAUUCGAUCUACACCUGAUUAGAGCUUGCUUCAAUAGAAUCGAUUGAAUUGAAUAACAAGAUGAGAGAAACCCUAAUCCCCAAUUAUCUCCCCCACCUGGCUGCGUGUAUAGAAUUUGUGUGCGUCGGUGUUUAUCUGAAAAGGCUUGCUUUACAAGAAAUUUGAUAACAGCUCCGUGUACGGUGAUGCAACAACUUAAUAAAAGGGUUAAAUAUCAUUUUGGUCACUGAAGUGAGCUUCAUGUAUCAAUAAUUUCAUCAGUUUGAACGAGGUCUCAUCUGUACCACUUUAGUAUCGAGUAAUGAUACUCCCGUUAAGAUGACCAUUUGACCUGACGGAAUACGUGACGGCGCUGACAUGGCACUGAGCUGGCCAAUAGUUGUAGUAUAGGUGGCAAUCCAGCUGUAAGCAUACGUGUUUUAAUAAAAAAAACUAAUUAUAAAGUAAAACAACAUAAACAAAAUAAAAACAUAUAAUUAGGGCAAAUACAUCGAAGACGAUCAAAUUGGGGAAAGUAUCGACUGAGGUCGCUAACCUAAUUGGUGAGGCAAACAACGCGGAGGGUGUGAAGUCAGUUGCAAGUAGCUCAGAUUCGUCUCUACUGGCAAAGUAUGGAUUCAUUCGUAAGUUUGUUUGUGCAUCAUCACGGGGAGUUGGUACAUGAUCCUGUAAUCGAGUAUAAGGGGGGUAAAGUCGAUGUUAUUCCUGGGUUUGACAUAGAUUUAUUUUCCUUUAGAGAUUUGGAUGAUUUUGCUGAAAAGUUUGGUUAUAGCCCAUCCGAUCUGGUUUAUUUUAAAAGCAAAGGAAUGUGUAUUGAGGAUGGUGUAAAAUUAUUGUAUGAUGAUAGUACUGUUAGGGAAAUGAUUGAAAUUCAUAGACCCCUCGGAAGGUUGGAUUUGUUUGUUGAUCACUAUGAGAUAGAUGAGGUCAUUGACCUACCACAUGAGUCUGAUGAAGACGUUGACAAAGGUAAGUCUGAUGAUGUAGUAGGAGGUAAGUCUGAUGAUAUAGUAGGAGGUAAGUCUGAUGAAGAUGAUGAUCCAGAUUAUAGUGCAGAAACUGAGAGUGAAGGUUCGGAGAGUGUGAGUGAUGUUGACUUGUUUGCUGAUAGUGACGAGGAGUUUGUAGAAUAUAUGGAGAAUUCCAAAAAAGUAAUGCGUGAUAUGAGUGUUGGAAUGAAUAAUGUGAGAAAAGAGGGGGGUAAUAGUGCCCCUGUUGAUACACAGAUUGCAAGUGAUGAGUCUGAUUUUGGUUCUUGGGAGUUGAGAUCUGACUACUCUUCAAGUGAGAAGAACAAUGAUGCUACUAUGGAGAGGCCAAAAAAGAAGACUCCAACAAAAAAAUUGCCAAUUAGAAGGGCUGAAAAAAACAUCAGCAAGGACAAAUCUGUUAUCAAUUCAGGCCAAGAUGCUGUAGAGAAGACUAGUUCUGUGGAAACUCCAAGGAUGAUGCCAACAUUCAAGAUUCCAAGAAAGAAAUUACCUUUUGUGAAGGAUGAUGACCCCAAGGGAAGGGAUGCAUGUCUGCCAACUGAGGAAUCUAAGAGGCUGGAGGACAACCUCAGGGGAGAAGUUGGGUACCAGGCUUAUUUCAUGCCUUUAUAAUUGGAUGAUAUUUUCUCCAAUCUUUUGUUUAGUGGCUUUUGCUAAGAGACUUGAACUAAAUUUCAGUCUGCUUAAGUGUUUAUUGCUAAGACCUUGAAAUGUUUUUCAAGUUGGUUUGUUAUGGCAGUGUCGUAUGCUUUAAGACAAUAUGUAGUACAUUAUCUAUCUUUUGCAGUGACAAUGAAUUUAUGGAAUUAUGCUACUGUGGUUUCAUUCUGUA